AUGAGAGUGUUGCAAGGUGGCCGCUGCUUGCUCCCGGGGGUUUUCUUACGCCCGCUCUGCGCCCUGCUGCUGCUGCUGCUGGUGAGCAGCGUGCCCGCCUCCCGGAGCCACCCUCAGCCCUGCCACAUCCUCAAGCGCAUCGGGCACACGGUGCGCCUGGGAGCGGUGCUGCUGCUGCCGCCCGGAGCUCCGCCGCGGGCGCUGUCCAACAGCAGCGGCGGCGGCAGUUCCGCGCCGAGGGCGCGCCCAGCGCCAGCCCCGGCGCCAGCCGCCCCGUCCCCGUCGGGGGCAGCCCGCGAUGCGCUGCUGCGCGCCGUACGGCGCCUCAACGCCCGGGCGGCUCGCCUGCUGCCCUACAACCUGUCCGUCGAGCUGGUCGUGGGCAUGGAGACGGGGCUGGGGGAGCUGCCCGCCUUUGGCGUGCCGCCCGCCUCCCGCCGCGACCCGCAGUCCUUUCUGGAGAGCGUCUGCCGCACGGUGGUGGUGCAAGGGGUCAGCGCCCUGCUGGCCUUCCCCCAGAGCACCGGGGAGCUGCUGCAACUCGAGUUCCUCUCGUCCACCAUCCAGAUCCCGGUGGUCAGCAUCGUGGGCAAGCAAUACCCCCGGCAGUCGAAGAAUCCCCUCCAUCUGCAGAUGAGCCUAGAAACUUCUCAUCCUACACAUGCAGAUAUACUUAUCUUCCUCCUGACAAUGAAUAGCUGGUAUGAUGUCAGCCUCGUUUUGUGCCAAGAGUGGAAUGUGACCAACUUUCUCAGUCUUUUGUACAACAACUCCAAAUUUCAUCUUGGAACCAUUUUCAAUAUUGCUUCAGACAGUGAUGACGCUAACUUUCUAAAUUAUUUGCAAGAAUAUUUGGACACGGUCAAGGAGGUGUCAUUGUCCAUUGUCACUUUCGGCUGUGAUGUUGAGCAUUUCCGAAAGAUUUUUCAAUUAGCGGCGAACUAUGGAUUAAUGCUGCCAGAACACCACUGGAUUCUAGGUGACUCUCAAAACGUGGAGGAGUUGAGAACUGAAGGCUUGCCCAUGGGUCUGUUGGCUCAUGGUAAAAUGACGCAGCCAGCUUUCCACAGUUAUGUGCAGGAUGCAGUGGAGCUGAUCGCCAGAGCUAUGGCCACUGCAACCUACGUGAGGCCAGAGCUGGCUCUUAUCCCAAGUACAACAAACUGUAUGCACUGGGAAGAAAUGAAUAUAACAUCAGGCCAGUUUCUUUCAAGAUUUUUAGCAAACACGAGCUUCGAUGGUGUGACGGGUUAUAUUAAAGUAACAGAUCCAUCUGUUAUCACUUCAGACAGCCACUACUACAUCUGGAACCUACAGCUUGACCCCGUUGGGAAACCCAUGUGGACUCGCCUUGGGAGAUGGCACGAGGGGAAAAUUAUCAUGGACCACGGGAUUUGGCCCAACAAGAUGCAGAAGCAAAACAACGGUGGUGGAAGCUCAUCUCGGCUACAGUUAAGAGUGGUGACACUUAUUGAACAUCCUUUCGUGUUCACCCGCAAUGUGGAUGAAGAUGGCCAUUGCCCUGCUGGGCAGCUCUGCCUGAAUGCUCUUACGAAUGACAGUGCCACCAUAGAGAGCCUCUUCGAGAACCUAAAAUCGGGGAAUGAUUCUGUGCCCAUAGAAUACAAAAAGUGCUGCUACGGCUACUGCAUCGAUCUCCUUGAGAAGCUGGCAGAGGAUAUGAGUUUUGAUUUUGACCUGUACAUUGUUGGCGAUGGGAAGUAUGGCGGCUGGAAGAACGGCCGCUGGACGGGCCUGGUUGGCGAUUUGCUCAGCCAGGCAGCACACUUGGCCGUCACAUCUUUUAGCAUCAACUCAGCGAGGAGCAAGGUGAUCGAUUUCACUAGCCCUUUCUUCUCCACUAGUUUAGGCAUCCUGGUGCGGACUAGAGACAUAGCAGCCCCAAUUGGAGCUUUCAUGUGGCCACUGCACUGGUCAAUGUGGGUGGGGAUCUUUGUGGCUCUUCACGUGACGGCGUUAUUUCUCACUCUGUAUGAAUGGAAGAGUCCUUUUGGAAUGACUCCCAAGGGGAGAAACAGGAACAAGGUCUUCUCCUUCUCUUCAGCCCUAAAUGUCUGCUAUGCCAUUUUGUUUGGCAGGACAGCUGCUAUCAAAACCCCUAAGUGUUGGACAGGACGGUUUCUAAUGAACCUGUGGGCUAUAUUCUGUUUGUUCUGUUUAUCGACGUACACUGCUAACCUGGCCGCUGUAAUGGUGGGGGAGAAAACCUAUGAGGAGCUUUCAGGAAUUCAUGAUCCUAAGCUUCACCACCCAUCACAAGGUUUCCGUUUUGGGACUGUUCGAGAAAGCAGUGCAGAGGAUUAUGUGAAGAAGAGUUUUCCAGAGAUGAAUGAAUAUAUGAGAAGGUAUGACGUGCCAACUACACCAGAUGGUGUGAAAUACUUGAAGAAUGAUCCACAAAGACUUGAUGCCUUUAUAAUGGACAAAGCGCUGUUGGAUUAUGAGGUCUCAAUCGAUGCUGAUUGCAAGUUACUAACUGUUGGAAAACCUUUUGCAAUUGAAGGCUAUGGAAUUGGCCUUCUACAGAACUCCCCAUUGACUUCAAACAUUUCUGAACUAAUUAGCCAGUACAAGUCCGAUGGGUUCAUGGAUAUGCUGCACGACAAAUGGUACAAGGUCGUGCCGUGUGGUAAAAGGAGCUUUGCUGUGACUGAGACUUUACAAAUGGGUAUCAAGCACUUUUCAGGACUCUUUGUGUUACUCUGCGUUGGUGUCGUCGGUUCACUCCUUACAACAGUCGGCGAGCAUAUAAUCUACAGACUGGUACUUCCACGGAUCAAAAGGAAACCACGGCUGAAAUAUUGGCUGCAUACAAGCCAGCGAUUUCAUCGGGCUUUAAAUACAUCAUUCAAUGAUGAACAAUUUCAGCAAAAAUUGGACAGAUUUCAAAAGAGGUGCAGUGUAGGAAAUAACCAGCAAACCGUGUGGAAUACAGCCAGCCAUGCACAUUGGAACAAGCAGAAAUGUAUUUUCAAAGAUUUUCAACAGCCAGAAAUAAAGUUGAAACCUUGUCAGGUUGAGGACCUACCCCCAGUAGUGCAAGAGCUCCCCCUCAUCAUUAAUUCCAAUGGCAAGCCUGAACCUCUUGUGAAGGCCAGGCAUUCAAUCAUUCAUGAACUAACAGAACUGGAGAAACAGAUUCAGCUCAUCAAACAGGAACUGCAGAAAGCAAUGAACAGGAAAAAUGAAUUGGAAGAGUAUCAAAGAACAGUCAGGAACCCAGAAUCAUAAAGCUCGAGCUGGCUGAAGCAUAUGACUUGGAACAUGAUGUUUCUCUGAACUCGCUCUCUUUUUAGAAUUGUCUUUGACAUAAAAAAGAAAUCCCGAUAUAAAGUCGA